GUCGAGAGAUACUAUUUUAUUAGGAUAGUAUAUUUAUUUUAAAUUAAUUUUUUUCCUCCCUCUUUCUUUCUUUCUUUCUUUUUCACUUUCUUUUUUUCUUAUUUGAUCAUGUCAAAUCAACAAACACUCAUACAACAAUCAUUUCCAAUAUGCCCUAACUGUCAACAAUCUUGCCAAUCAUCUCCUUCUCUAAAAGCCUUUAACCAAGUUUAUCAUGAUGCGUGUUUUGUUUGUGAGGAUUGUCAAAUCCCAUUAAAAGAUAUCAAGUACUACUUGCUUACCAGACAACAGAAAAAAAAGUUAAUUUUAUGUGAAACUCAUUAUCUAAAACGCACUAGUUCAAGUGAAUGCCCUCUUUGUGUAACAGUUAAUCAGUACGAAUUCCAAGAUCAGAGCUAUUGCCGAUUUCAUUAUUCGCUUAUUCCAGAAACACAUUGUGCAGGAUGCGAUCAAGCUAUCCUUAAACAGUUCGUCGAACAUAAAGACUUGCCCAAUCAAAUUUGGCACCCAGAAUGUUAUAUGAUUUAUAAGUUCUGGAAAGUUAAACUAUCUCUUUCACUACCAGAAGAACAAUACGGUUUAAACAUGGACCAAUUGAUUGACAGACAAAAGAAAAUGGAGAAAACAGUCAGUCGAGUCUGGACAGAUUUAUCUUCAUUUGAAGAGUCUUCCGCCAAUUGCAUCUCUGAUAUGCUAUUGAAUGUAGCUGCAGGUGCUCAUAUGGAAGGUAUUCGAAUGGCAAACCAAUUUAUUAUGCAUUUAGAAGUCUUGUUCUCCGCAUUGGAUGUUAUAAAAAAAGAACUCGAAUCUCAUCAUCAAGAAUUUGCUUGUCAAAAAGAUGCUACAUUUAUUUGCAAGCAAAUGACUCAGUUCUUUCAAUUGCUAUCAGCACCUUCAGAAACAACGACACAAGAGUUACUUCAGCUUGUAACUGGAUUAGCACAGAGUUUAAAAUCACUCAUACGAAUUGGACUUUCUGCAGCAAUAUACUUGGAACAUGAAUUUGGACUUGUUGCAAUACCUCGGUUUCUAAACCAAUUGUUAGAGUUAGAAAAAAAGCGCGUCUGGAUUGCAGGAAGAUACUGGUUCAAAGAUCCACCAACACCAACUACAACAACUACAACAGCAACAACACAAGUAUGCUUAAAAUGUCAGCAAGCAAUUCUCGACACCGACUGUUAUCAAUGGCAUAAUUUAAAAUGGCACCCAGCAUGUUUUAUCUGUCAGGUAUGCUCCACGCAAUUAAAUCAUUUAACAGCACACAUUGUCGAUAAAUCACCCUAUUGUGCCUCAUGUAAAAGUCAAGGCGAUCGAGACAUUAUUCAUAUUACACUCUUGACUCGACAAAUUGAACAACUCAAGGCAUAUUUGAACCAAUCUUCAAAGAUACACUCAAUUUCAGAUAAAAAGCAAGACUUGAUUAUGCCACAAGUGAAAAGACAGCGUUCUUUACUAGGUAUGUUAAGCACACCCCGACCAGAACGUAUAGCAUCUGUCGAAUUGAAUCAGAUAAAGACGACAGAAGAAAAGAAAAAGCUUGAUACUCAGCAUGGCAAUUUGCUCACACGAAGCCUUCGUCGUACAUUUAGUCACUCCACAUCUUCUUUAUACCACAUCUUCGAUUCAACGGCUACCAAACCAGAGGUUUCUCACAUGGCUACUUUAACUACUUCACAAGAUUUCAUCGUACGCCAUGCUGCUGUGAUUGCCAUUCAGCCACUUAUUGUGCCCCCAUUUUCACUCGACGAGCUAAUCAACCUUGUUGAAACAAAGCAGCAGAUCAAGAGAACUCGUCCUGCUUCUGUAUUAUGGGGUAAAUUAAUUACACAUAUCAAAUCAUCAUCCUCCAUGUCUUCGCUGGAUCAACAUAUCGUAAAAACAUUCGGCGUACCCUUAUCCGCCGUAGCUAAAAGAGAUCAUGACAGACAAUUAAGAACACAUGGUGUCACUUUAUGUGACUCGAACUAUUCAACCCUAGAUACCUGUUUCUCUGAUAAUGCGAUGGUGCCUCAAUUUGUAAAGAGCUGCAUUUCGGCUAUUUUACAGUCAGACAUGUCGGUUGAAGGCGUAUUUCGUAAAAACGGCAAUAUUCGUCAGCUUAAAUUACUUGUGGAAUCAAUUGACGAUAGAGUAGACACCAUGGAACCAUUGCUUUCAAAUGAGAAUGCAAUUCAACUUGCAGCACUUUUAAAGCGGUACUUAAGAGAACUGCCUGAACCACUCCUGACAUUUGCGCUCUAUCCAUUGUUUGUACGAUGCGGCCGCAUGAUAGAACCGAAUAGAAAAAAAGCACUUCACUUGGCAUGUUGCUUAUUGCCUAAACCAAACAGAGAUACUAUGAUCAUGAUAUUUGCAUGUCUCAAGUGGGUGUCUUGCUUUAGCGAGACAAACAAAAUGGAUGUGGCAAAUUUGGCCCGUGUGAUUGCGCCUAGCGUACUUUACGAUAAACAUGCAGAGUAUCAACAAGGGGCACAACAGGAGGAGAUCAACGUGAUUGAAACCUUGAUUCAUGAAAUCGAUGAUUUUUCUAUUAUACCUUCUGAUUUAACUAUUUUAACAUUGAACGAUAUAAACCAAGACUUGUCUCAUCUUAGUUCAAGGUACUUUGUACACCAUUAUUCGCAAAUAGUGUCUGAAUUGCACGACAAGAAACACUCACCUAUGAAAAAGUAUCACUUUGGCUUACCUUCAAGAAAACGAACCAGUUCCGCACAUAUUAAACAAAGAAGAACUUCUUGGAUACCAGGCUUAUAUAACAAUAAUAAGAAACAGUAAUCAUGUACAACA